AUGAUGUAUAUGAUUGUCUAUUUUUUUAAGGCUUUAACCGUGACAUUGCUUAUUUAAUAUGCGAUUUGUCUUGUUUGCACAUUCCAGUAUUUUAUUUCCCACAGCGAAGCGCAUUCAGAGUGAAGGUCCGGGUACUUUGACACGAGUAACUGCGCGGAAUCGACCUGAGGCCGCCGGGUGAAGCGCUGCGCGAGGCCGCCUGAGGUCCGCCCACUCGCCUCUUUUCCUGUUUGCUCGACAGGAAACGGCAGCGGAGCUCGCGCCGACUCCGGCCCAGGAACUGGAACCGCUCCCCGUCGCGCGCCGCUGCGGACCCGCCGAACCGGCGUUUCUCUCUCUCGGGCGACCACGACGCCAUGUGCGCCGCCACCGCCGCCGCCGCCGCCCGCCAGGACGCCGCCGAACACCCCGCCGCGCACCGGGUCGGCUCCGCGCUGUUCUACGCCGGCAGCUCGUUCCUCAUCACCGUGGUGAACAAAACCGUGCUGACGACUUUCAGGUUCCCCUCCUACGUGUGUCUGGGCAUCGGUCAGAUGAUCGCCACGCUCGUCGUCCUCUACGCCGCCAAAGUGAGCAGGACGGUCCAGUUCCCGGACGUUGACCGGAGCGUUCUGUUCAAAGUGAGCGUUCAGGGGCUCGUCGGUGCUCCUCGGUUCCGUCACGUUUUUAAAGCGCCUCCGUGUUCUCGCCAGGUCCUCCCGCUCCCGCUGCUGUACGUGGGGAACCACAUCACGGGCCUGGCGAGCACCAAGAAACUCAGGUUUGACCCGUUCCCAGCGCUCCCAGCGCUCCCAGCGCUCCCAGCGCUCACUCGCUCGCUCACUGGAGCCGCUGUCUUUCGCAGUUUGCCCAUGUUCACAGUCCUACGGAAGUUCACCAUAUUGAUGACCAUGACCUUGGAAGCCUACGUCUUAAGGAGGACCUUCUCGAAGCCGCUGGUGUACAGCGUGGGGACCAUAGUGCUGGGCGCCACGAUCGCCGCCAGCGCCGACCUGGCCUUCGACGCGCAGGCGUACGCCUUCAUCCUGCUCAACGACGCCUUCACGGCCGCCGCCGGGGUCUGCACCAAGAAGAAGCUGGGCGUCGAGGGCCUGGGGAAGUACGGAGUCUUAUUUUACAAUGCUCUCCUCAUUGUCGUCCCCACUGUCUUGGCCAGUGUGUUCACUGGAGAUUUGCGUGAGGCCGUUGCCUUCGAGGGCUGGGCCCAGGCCACGUUCGUCCUGUGUUUCCUGCUGUCCUGCUUCAUGGGGUUUGUGUUGAUGUACUCCAUAGUUCUGUGCAGCUACUACAACUCAGCACUCACGACCACGGUGGUCGGGGCGAUCAAGAACGUGGCUGUGGCCUAUAUCGGCAUCUUUGUGGGUGGAGACUACCUGUUCUCCUGGACCAACUUCCUCGGUCUCAGCAUUUGCAUGCUGGGAGGACUGGUUUACUCCUACCUCACCUUUAACAACAAACCACCUGAAAGCAACGCAGGGACGUCGGAGCUGAAGCUUCACGCGACACAGGACUCCAAGAAGUCUGCUCCCGUCUAAACGGACGAUAGCGCGGCCUCCACCACUCGGUGGCACUCGUCUGCUUCAUAUUGGAGCAUGAGCCUGCUUCUGCUUCUAUUGAGUUCAUACCUAUUACAUUUAUUGUGGUACAUUUAUUGUGCCACGGAUGUAAUUCCACAAUGAUUCACGAGUAAAUAAACUGACAAUAAGGCCACAGGAA